AUGCCACCCGUCAAACGCGAGCACUCCCCCUCUCCAACCCCCUACGACCGCAUCAAGACUUCCAAGCCCAAGCCCAAGGCUACGCCCAAAGCCGAGGCGAACAGCGCCGGUCGCAAACGUCUGAUCGAGAUGGUGAUUGAGCGCGGUAUUGCCGCGGUCAUGGGUUCCAACAUUGCCACAACCCAGGCUGAAACGGGCCUCACGGUGAAGCAGAUCCAGAACCAUCUGGGUAAGGGGCGCUCCCUCCGUGCUAGGCUGGAGGAGGUGGCCAAGAUUGUGUAG